AUGGCAGAUGACUGGCGCUGCCCUGAGAGGAACAUUGAGCCCCCCAUCCUUGGGCUGGACGGCUGGAACAUCCUCAACUUCCUUAUCAUCUUUAUCUUGCUCCUGGGGUUCUUCAUUAAUGAACUCAAUGUCAACGCUCUCACCUAUACCCUCAGGGCGCUUCGUCUGGUGCAUGUCUGCAUGGCGGUGGAGCCUCUGGCCCGGAUCAUCCGUGUCAUCCUGCAGUCGGUGCCCGACAUGGCCAAUAUCAUGACCCUCAUCCUUUUCUUCAUGCUGGUGUUUUCCGUGUUUGGGGUCACUCUCUUUGGUGCAUUUGUGCCCAUGCAUUUCCAGAACAUGCAGGUUGCCCUGUAUACUCUCUUCAUCUGCAUCACCCAAGAUGGCUGGGUGGACAUCUAUAAUGACUUUCAGAUGGAGACAAGAGAGUACGCAAUGGAGAUUGGGGGCGCCAUCUACUUUGCCAUCUUCAUCACCAUUGGUGCCUUCAUUGGCAUCAACCUGUUGGUUGUUGUGGUGACCACCAAUCUGGAGCAGAUGAUGAAGGCAGGAGAGCAGGGGCAACUGCAUCAGAUAAACUUCAGUGAGAGAGGCAAGCAGGACCUGGAUGGAGGUAACGAGCUGCCCCUGGUGCACUGUGUGGUCGCCCGGUUGGAGAUGUCCGGUGCCCCGCAGGAGCCACUGUCGGGAGGCCACCUGUCUAACCUCUCAGAAAACACCUGUGACAACUUUUGUUUGGUGCUGGAGGCAAUACAGGAGAACUUGAUGCAGUACAAGGAGAUCCGAGAUGAGCUCAACACGAUAGUGGAGGAGGUCCGCUCCAUCCGCUUCAACCAGGAGCAGGAGGAGGAGCUGAUCCACAAGCACUUGUCACUGAGCCUGUCGGUGGUGAGCGGGUCCUCCCUGGACAUCCGCGACAUGACUUGCCAGCAAGACUUGAUCACAGCGCUCAUCAACAGGGAAAAGGUUCAGGAAUCCAACACAAACAUACUCCUUAAACACAAGACCAGCCGCUGAGAGGCAGGAUGGGAGCCAAGGGGCCUGAGCACACACACCCACCUGCAUCUUCCUACAUCUCUACGUGACUUGGCACAGUCUGGCCUGAGCCCAUCUUCUCCCUUACACCUAGGCAGAUGCCUGGGGCUGUGAAGGGGGUGGCAUCUCCAGGGCUUGUGUCUGUGAGCCUCAGGUCCAGAGGAAUUCAGAUGGACAAGGAUGCUGGAUGAGAGAGGGAGCCCCACAGCAAAGAAUGAGCACAGAAGGGGGGUGCUGGCCAAGGCAGCCAGGAUUUGUCCUAAGGAUGGACUUUCCCGGCCCCCUGCUUUAGGCCAGAGCUAGCUGGGGCCCAAGUGCACCAG